AUGCCACGGGAGACGUCCAGCUGUUGGACGUGCCGCAUACGCCACAAAAAAUGCGACGAAUCAUUGCCCGUCUGCAACGUCUGCGCAGGCCUUGAGAUCACCUGCUUCUCUGGCCAAGAGGCCCCGGGCUGGAUGGAUGGCGGGCCGAAACAGCAGGCUAUGACUGAUAAGUUCAAGGCUGAGGUUACAAAAAGCGCCAAAUUAAGGAGGGCCCGAAGGGUUGUACAGCGCAUCGUUGGAGAUGCCCACGUCAAUGACCUUCUCCCACCGGCAUCAACAACUUCAGGCUCUACCGGGGUCAUCACGAGAUUUCCUCUGAGGCAAAAUCCUUCAACGACUGUUACGCAGGCCAACAUAUCUCACGGCUUAGACUUGCAACCACAAUUGCUUUCUCACUCCAACGAUGGAACACCUAACCUCGGACCCCAGACACCAGCUGCUAGCCCAGAGAAGUCCACCACACAACUGCCGGCUGAGUUGGAGCAGUGUUACAUCUCAGCAUAUCUAGACUAUAUCGUUCCGGCCUUAUUCCCCUUUUACUAUCCGUCCAUACUCGAAGGCGGUCGAAGCUGGAUGCUCGUUCUUACUCUGGCCAACAAGUCGCUGUCCCAUGCCGCAACCAGUCUUGCUUCGCAUUUUUUUGCCCUCGUGCCAGUGCAACACCACCACUCAGAGAGGCCCAAAUGCGUGUCUCAGGUCGAAGCUGAACUGCAGAAGCAGACGCACAUAGCGAUGCAAAAGGCACAGCAAGACGUCAAGGAAGUCGUCCGUCGCGGCGUACACGAAGACUUGAUCACCAGCGUCCGACUCUAUGACAGUAUCGUGCAUCUAUUGUACCUGGAAGCAGCCUUUGGCACGUCAGAGAAUUGGACUUUGCAUUUGGAUGCGGGUAUAACCCUGUUGAAGCAAAUACUUCACGAGGUCAACGACGAAGAGUUUCAAGGCUGUAAAUGGGCCGCUGCAUGCCGGAAAGUCGGCAGACUCGCGUAUCCUCAAUUGGAAACCCCUCCAGAGUUUCCUGCUUGGACACUCGAUCAAAGCGCCUUUCGCUUCUUCACCGCUCUCCUUGUAGUCCAUGAUCUUGUGGCGAGCACUUCGCUUGGACAGGCACCACGAUUUCAAGCAAACUACCAAGAGUUGCUCGUUACUGAUGACAAGCCUGAAGAGGUCCCAAACCGAAACUGCAGUCUUCUCUUGGAGCGUUUCAUCGGCUGCCAGAACUGGGCCAUGAUCUUGAUCGCAGAGGUGGCAUCGCUAGCCAGUUGGAAAAAGGAGAUGCGCAAGCAGGGGUCAUUCUCGAAUCUCGAAUUGUUCAGAAGGGGCGGGGAUCUCGAGAUCAAAUUCAGGGAAGGCCUUAGUUCAUUAAGCGCGCAAGAGCCGAAGGUGCGAGAUCAGAGACCACCUUGGUUAGCUGAUGACCGAUUCGCCAAAGAGGAGUCUGAAGCCAUCACCCUAGUCACUCAGAUUUGGGCUCAUGCUGGCCUUAUUUACCUUCACGUCGUUCUCUCAGGCUGGCAAUCAGCCAGCAUGGAGAUCGAAGAGGUAGUGACACAGAAUCUUGCGUUGAUGAUGAGAUUAGGUAAUGCUCGUUGGCUACAUACGCUCGCUUGGCCUAUCUGUGUUACUGCAUGUUUGGCCAAAGAGGAGCAAGAAGGCUUGAUGGGUGAGGUUUUUGAUCUAAUGGGAGAUCUUGCGAACUUUGGUCCUCCAAGGUUGGCUAGAGAGGUCUUCGAAGCUGUUUGGCUGAAGAGAGACACUGCCGUGAUCGAAUCUUGGGAUCUUGAGGCCUGUCUGAAUGUUCUGGGUCGCCGAGUCCUUUUAGGAUAA